GCUCUAUAUAAAAGAGAAGCAAAGAUUAUCAUUUCUGAAGAAUAUUGGUAGUAAGUCUAAGAAGUUGAGGCAGCUAAUACAUAAAAUUAAGCCAAUAUAUCUUUUUGUUAAUAAAAUAAUUUAGAGAAAGCAACAAACUUUUAAAGGUAAUUUUCCGAACUUUUUCAAUUUUUGUAGUGGAUUUCCUUCAUAAAAAAAGGCGCAAAGUUCCAUAUUCGAGGAAAUGAUUGUAGCAGUCAGUGUAGAAUGCCAAUGUCCAUACCAAAGAAUCUAGGAAAGAAUAAUAAUGGAAUGGAAAACGAUACUUUAGAUUUUCUUGAAAGAAAUGACACUUGUAAUAAUACCUCCGGUUUCUAUAUUAACGAAUAUCAUCAAAAUGUUGCAAAUAUUCUGGGAAUACUUACUGUAAUCAUCAUAAUGAUCUCUAUUGGAGCAGAUAUCUCUUGGAACCAGAUUUAUAAAGACAUUAGAAGACCUGCUGGACCUGCCAUUGGAAUCUUUUGCCAAUUUAUUAUGAUGCCAUUAAUAGGAUUUAUAUAUAAUAUAAUAUUUCAAUUCGAAUCAAGUCUAGCAGCUGGUUUGCAUAUUAUAUCAUGUUGUCCCGGAGGUAUAGUUUCUAAUGUAUUUACAUAUUAUUUGGAUGGUGAUUUAUCGCUGAGUGUGACUAUGACUACAAUAUCUACCUUGGCAUCUUUUGGCAUGAUGCCUUUGAAUAUAUGGAUAUAUGCAAAUCAUACAAAAGCUAAGAACUUAAUAAUACCUUAUGGCAAUGUUGCAUUAUCAUUAUUAUUGAUUAUUCCUCCCGUGAUUUUGGGUAUGAUUAUAAAAUGGAAAGCUCCUAAAGUAUCUCCUUAUAUAACAAAGUGGGGAGGUGCCACAGGUUUAUUUCUCAUUAUAGCUAUGUUGGUAGUAUAUACAGUUUAUUUUAAGCAUGUAUUCGACAUAAUUUCUUGGAAAAUUAUUAUAACAUUUGCAACUUUACCCAUAACCGGAAUUAUAAUUGGAUAUGCUGUGGCUCACCUUUGUAGAAGACCCAGACCAGUCAGCACAGCGAUAGCCAUUGAGAGCGGGAUUCAAAAUGUGGCUGUCGCAUACAUGAUUAUUACUUUAUCCUUUGAUAUUAGCAAGAAUAUCUUAAUUCUCUUGUUUCCAUUGCUUUAUGGAUUAAGUCAAUGUAUAACCUGUUCACUUCUAUGUAUAAUUUUCUACUUUUUAAAGAAUACUUGCAAAAAAUUCCAACUGCAAGAUACCAAUAUCGAUGACAAAGAAAAUGAAGUAUGUUCUAAAUUAUAA